UACCUGCUAACACACAUAAUAUUUAGUCGCUGUCUGGUAAAAAAAAUUAUAUCUCCAUUCUGGGGGUAUAUCACUUGAAGCAUUACAUGCUGGAUGAAAAAAUUCUCAAACAUCAGGGCCAAACCAAAAGUGGUUUGUGACAGGUCUAAAACCAAGGCUGAGUUAACAGAUAAAAUAAUACAAUAAAUAAAAUUGUACAUGAGUAGUGUGAUCAUAUGUUAUUUGUAUACAGUAUAUCUGUGUUCAUUUGGUUUUAGUUCUUUUGGUGCCCAUUUGCAUAUUUUGGAACCAUGUUGUAUGACACAGCUCUAGAAUAUUACACCAUAGUGAGAUUCUAGAACUCAUGUCCCAUAUGAGGAUUUUCUGUGUUCAAGUUUACAUUUUACUUUGGACCAACAUGAAGAGUUGAAACGCAAACAAAAUCAACCUCUGGACGAAUCCAAAAAACUCAACUGAUUGAGAAUCUUACGUGAUACAGCAAUCAAGACAAUCAGUUCAUCAUGAAAAGGAACAAAUACAAACGCAACAUCAUGAGCACUCUCUACCCAUUACCCAGCAACUAUAAGCUGUUGACUUUUCUGGGACAGGGAGGCUUUGGAGAGGUGCUGAAAUGCAUUAAACAGGACACUAAAGAGACUGUUGCUGUAAAGAUCCCACAACACGGCUGCAGCUUAAGCAAUGAAUUGAGUCUAUUGAACUACUUCAAGUGGAAGAACCUGGACGAGUGCAACAUUGUCAGGUUUAUUGAUUCGUUCCUGCUAAGAGACAACAGAUGUGCUCUGGUGUUCGAGAUGCUGGAUAUGACCUUAAGGGACUUCUUAUUCUACCAGAGGGACUUUAUCCCUUUGUAUUUACAUGAAGUCAGGAGUGUAGUCCAACAGAUGGCCACAGCAUUACAUGCACUGAAGACUCUUAAAGUGAUCCAUUCAGACAUAAAGUUGGACAAUAUUAUGCUGGUGGAUCGAGAAGCACAGCCCCUCACGGUGAAGCUCAUUGACUUUGGAUUAGCUUUUCGCACUUCUAUAGCCAAGCAGGGGGGCACUCACCAAGCAACACAGUAUAGGGCUCCAGAAAUUAUUAUAGGACUCCCAUUUUCAGAGGCCAUUGACAUGUGGUCUCUGGGUGUUGUGAUGGGGUUCAUGGUGCUCGGUGACGCGCUCUUCCCGGGGAACAGUGAAUAUGAUACAAUGCGAUGCAUAGUUGAGCUCCUUGGUGUUCCCCCAGACCAUCUUCUGUGUGCUGGGAUGUAUUCAACGGACUAUUUUGUCAAAAGGUCUACAGGUCACUGGAGACUGAAGAGACCUCAGGAGUACUGGGGCAAAUACACACCUCCCGGUGCCUACAGGGCCUACCAUUUUCGCAACCUGGACGAUGUGGAAACAUUGCCCCUGGUGAACCUGAAAAUGGUGGAGGCUGAUGAAAGGAAGGAGUGCAUCGAUCUGCUGAAGGCAAUGCUUCGACUAGAUAGUAACGAGAGGAUAACUCCCAGUGAAGUCCUUGCUCAUCCGUUCAUCACAAGGGGCACCCUAAAGCAUAGCUCAGACCAUGAAACUUUGGAGUCCAGUACCAGCCAGGCAGCUGAUCCAGGAACCAGCCAGGGAGCUGAUCCAGGAACCAGCCAGGCAGCUGAACCAGGAAACAGCCAGGCAGCUGAACCAGGAACCAGCCAGGCAGCUGAACCAGGAAUAAGCCAGGGAACUGAACCAGGAACAAGCCAGGCAGCUGAACCAGAAAACAGCCAGGCAGCUGAACUAGGAAUAAGCCAGGGAACUGAAUCAGGAAUCAGCCAGGCAGCUGAACCAGGAACAAGCCAGGGAACUGAACCAGGAACCAGCCAGGCAGCUGAGCCAGGCACAAUCCAGGGAACUGAACCAGGAACCAGCCAGGCAGCUGAACCAGAAAACAGCCAGGCAGCUGAACCAGGAGCAAGUCAGGGAACUGAACCACGAACCAGCCAGGCAGCUGAAUCAGGAACCAGCUGGGCAGCUGAACCAGGAACCAGCCUGCUUAAUAAGACCAAGGAGAGCAAGGUUGAUGAGAGCAGUGUAGAUGGAACCCUUGGAAUAACAACAUUACCACCGGGUAUUAUCUUUGUUCAACCUCCACCAACUGCUUGCGGCCUGUCAUGGGAAGAGGAAGGGGAAUGGAAGUAUGAAACCUGCAUAAGUGAAAACCCAGGAUCAUCAUCUCCAUUCCGAACUUCUUACAGUUUGUCUUGGGAUGAGGAAAAGGAAUGGGAGUAUGAAACUUGCACGAGUGGAUCCGAUGGAUCAGUUUCACCAACAAUACCUCCAGGUGUUAUCUUGGUUCGGCCUGCACCACCCAAAUGGGAUGAGGACAGUGGUCAGCAGAGUGAGGCUUGCCCAUUGGAUUACCUUUCUAAAAAUACUCCAGUGGAGUCCUCCAGGAGGGUUGAAUGUAAGCCCCCUCCCCCACUCUAUGUACCUGAGGACUGUAACAUGUACAACACGGGACAACAGGACAACACGGAGCCCACUGCCAUCAUAUCUGAUGAUGCAGCACUUGAACAGAAGAAGAAGAACUGCUUCAAGCGCUUCUGUUCCUGGAUGAAGAGAACGUUCUGCUGUUGCAUCAGAGUUGACAAUGACAAGGGCUGAAUUGCUCUGUGAAAGUUUUUAGCACAACACCUUGCUUGAUGGUUUUCACUCAGGAAAUAUAGAGGGAUAGAGGUGAUGUCACCAUCACAUGCCUACCCUAUCACAUGUAAACUGACGUGUCUGCGUCGGUUUACUCUAGGUCCCAGUUCCAAAAACAUGCAGGUUAGGUUGAUUGGAGACUCUAAAUUGACACUAGAUCUCAUUUUGGUCAUUCUAAACUGACAAAAGAAAGGAAGACUACAAUCAACAACAAGUCAAUGAACACUUUAAAAACAAAAUUCACAAGUUUUUUUUCAACUUUUAGAAAAGCAAGGUGAACCACUAAUAUAUUUUUCUGUAUAUAUGGCCUGUGAUACCAGGAAUCAUUGUACCCAACCCAACCGGUCAAAGCAGAUGGCCGCCCACCAAGAGCCGGGGUCUGCUUGAGGUUUCUACCCGUUA